AUGGAUUACGGUGCCAAGCAUGAAUCAAUGGGUGGCAUCGGUGCCAUCUCGCCAGGUCUCGAAUCAGUAUGGGCUGGCGAAGGAGACAAGGAAGUCGUGGUAGGAACGACGGCAUCAACAGCGGUACCGAUACACACACGAGUAACACCGCCCGAAAAGAAGCCGGCACGGGUUUGUGGUCUCAGACGUAUAGUCUUUUGGCCUCUGCUGGCUGCUACUUUCGCAAUAGUGAUUGGACUUGCUGUUGGCCUGGGCGUGGGACUCGGAGUGAAGCAUAAAGCCAAAAAGCCAGCAUCAACAUCGGCGAAGACUUCUGACUACUACAUUGGUGGCGCACUUGACCCUGCUUACUACUCGAAGCAAGGUGCUUUCAAUGGUAGUGGCUUAGCGCUGGCGUCACAAUCGUUUGGUUCAGGCGAGUAUGGCGAGCUCGUCCUCUACUUCCAGCAUCAUUCUGGAUCGAUUCGGUGGCAGAGGCUGACACCGGACAAUGGCUGGCUGGGAGGAACUGCAUCAGAGGUCGUUGCAACGGACGCCAAAAACAGCACACCUUUGAGCGCAGUAGCCUAUAGCUUGAAUGGGUGGCAUCUCUUCUACAUUGAUAACAGCAAUCGUCUUCGAGAAAAGAUCAAUAGUAAUGCGACAAACCUAUGGAUCGAAGGUCCAUUAACCGGAGAGAACCACACCGUUCUGAAUGCUGAUCAAGUUGGCAUGCAAGCCUGCUGGUAUGGUAAUGACUAUGGCGACGCGGACUACAAGCACAGUCCCCUGCCAAACCAAGGCAACAGUACUGUCAACAGCACUACAGGCUCGAGUGCAGAUGUUGGCAUGCAUCUCUGGUAUGCCUCUGAUGCUUCCACAUUCCAACAGCUCGGAUGGCGUAAUGGCGAUAGUAACUGGACUUACCAACAAGAAUGGUCAGACAAGAAUGGACAUGCAGGAUUGGGCUGUUACUCUUGGGGUCCAGGCACAACAACUUAUGUCAUGAUGGUGAACAAAGAUAAUGUAGCAGAGAUCUGGUGGAAAGAUACAAACACCAACACCUCGUCCUCUGCAAACCACCCGAUUAACCAGUGGACGAACAGUUCAGUCGCCAUCAACAACGUUCAUCCAUCCUCCAGUCUAGGCUACACGAACGCUUUCUACACCCAGGGAACGGACGAUUGGAUCACAGGACACAACAUCAGCUGGGCGUCCGAGAACACCACCAUCCAAAGCAGCUUUCCAGUAAACAAUCCUGGUAUACCGGGGACUCAUAUGAGUGUGACAACUCUGCCCGACCAGAGUGGAGGAGACAGUUUGUGUGUCUUUUACCAAACGACUGGAAGCGACGUGACGUUCGCGACACGAGAUCUAGUCCAAGGUGCUUGGACAGCGGCAACCUUGAAAGUCCCUGAUUCUUGA